CACAUACACUCCCCCCUUCCCCUUCCCUUCUUAGCGGGCUCCUGCCUCCUCCCUCCAUAGCACAAGCCCGGACUCUUCAGAAGACCCAUUUCUCUUUCUCCGCUUUCUCUCUCGCUUCUUCUAUCUACUAUACUCUUACCAAUUCUUCUCCUUUCCCUCGCUCGCGGGGUGGUGGUGAAGGAGAGAAGAGGAGAAGGGAAGGAUGGGGAGAGGGAGGGUGCAGCUGAGGCGGAUCGAGAACAAGAUAAACCGGCAGGUGACGUUCUCGAAGCGCCGGUCGGGGCUCCUGAAGAAAGCCCACGAGAUCUCCGUCCUCUGCGACGCCGAGGUCGCCCUCAUCAUCUUCUCGACCAAGGGCAAGCUCUACGAGUACGCCACCGACUCCUGCAUGGAAAGGAUUCUUGAACGUUAUGAACGUUACACGUAUGCUGAAAAGGCACUAGUCUCGUCUGGUCCAGAAUCGCAGGGUGACUGGUGCCAUGAAUACGGCAAACUUAAAGCUAUGGUUGAGGCUUUACAAAAAAGCCAAAGGCAUCUCAUGGGUGAGCAACUUGAGUCCUUGAAUCUCAAAGAACUCCAGCAAUUAGAGCAACAGCUUGAAAAUUCAUUAAAGCAUAUAAGAUCAAGAAAGUGCCAACUCAUGUUUGACUCCAUCUCUGAGCUUCAGAAAAAGGAAAAGUCACUGCAGGAGCAGAACAAGAUGCUGGAGAAGGAGCUCAUGGAGAAGCAGAAGGUGAAGGCACUAAACCAGCAGGCACACUGGGAGCAGCAAGGCCUGCCACAGACAUGCCCAUCCUCCCCACCCUCUUUCCUGAUCGGAGACUCUCUCCCCACCCUGAAUAUUGGGACUUACCAAUGUAGCGGGAACGAACAUGGGGAGGAAGCAGCACAACCCCAGGUUCGUAUAGGAAACAGCUUGUUACCACCUUGGAUGCUCAGCCACCUGAAUGGAUAGAUUGCUACCAUUCCACAAUCGACUUGAAUGGCUUAAACAUUUCAUGAACUCUUUAGAUUAUACUGUGUUUGGAUGUUCGGAACACUCUCCAGUUACAUUAAAAAAUGCAUGCCCAGAUAUCUCAGGGAAGUGUUGAGAUUGGGGUUUUCCUGUAUGUCCCCAUCUGGAAGUAGAUGGGACUGUCGGAACCAGAAGUGUCAUGAUCCUGUUAGGUGUAUCGUGUACUAAUUUGCUCUUGUUUAUCUAGACUCAAGUGCUAAAGUGGCUACAGCUAGCAUGUAAAAUGCUGUCGGUAAUUUAAUGUACAGGAGAUAAUGGUUGUACUGAAUCAAAAAUCCUGCUAGUAAAUAUCCAGAUCUUAUUUUCUUUACUAUAA